UGCUGGGAUGUGGGGUGUGUGUGCGCUAACCAGCAGGUAGAGAGCUGCCGUCUCCCGGUGGCUCGCAGGCGGUACAGCGGCUACAUUUAAAGUAGCCAUGAUAGGAUAUGCGAUUCGUUUACGCUCCUUAACAAUGUCCACAUAACUCUGACCCAAAGACUUGGAGUUCAGAAGCGAGCGUGGGCGAAGAGACCGCAGAAACAAACGGGAAAUUCAGCUCUCAGCUGGCCGGGAAAGUCGGCCACACCACCCGGCUUCCGGGGAUUCGGGGGCCGCAGCGGUUGACGGCAGACGUCGGUCGGUAGCUCUGGGGAAGACGGGCGAUAACUCCCAUCGGCGCAGACAUACACCUCUCGAUUUCAGACACUUUCGAGAUGUCAAGAAAGCUCCAAAGGACAGAAGUCUGCGCCGACUGCAGUGCACCAGACCCAGGCUGGACCAGUAUCAACCGGGGGGUCCUGAUCUGUGAUGAAUGCUGCUCGGUCCACCGCAGCUUGGGCCGCCACAUCUCCAUAGUGAAGCACCUGAGGCACAGCGGGUGGCCUCCCAGGCUACUGCAGAUGGUGCAGACCCUGGCCAGUAACGGGGCUAACUCCAUAUGGGAACACAGCCUCCUGGACCCUGCGCAGGUGCAGAGCGGCCGGAGGAAACCCAACCCUCAGGACAAGGUUCAUCCCACUAAGUCAGAGUUCAUCCGAGCCAAAUACCAGAUGCUGGCAUUUGUGCACAAGCUUCCCUGCCGCGAUGAUGAUGGCGUCACUACUAAGGAUCUCAGUAAGCAACUUCAUUCGAGCGUUCGGACGGGGAGUUUGGAAACAUGUCUUCGGCUGCUGUCCCUCGGCGCUCAGGCCAACUUCUUCCACCCGGAAAAAGGCACAACUCCGCUCCACGUGGCAGCCAAGGCGGGCCAGAUCUUGCAGGCCGAGCUGCUGGUCGUGUACGGCGCCGAUCCCGGGGCGCCCGACAUCAAUGGCCGCACGCCCAUGGAUUACGCCAGGCAGGCGGGCCACACGGAGCUGGCGGAGCGUCUGGUGGAGUGUCAGUACGAGCUGACAGACAGGCUGGCCUUCUACUUGUGUGGCCGGCGUCCAGAUCACAAAAACGGGCAUUAUAUCAUUCCUCAAAUGGCAGACAGUCUGGACCUCUCUGAGCUGGCCAAGGCUGCCAAGAAGAAGCUUCAAGCGCUCAACAACCGGUUGUUCGAGGAGCUGGCGAUGGACGUCUACGACGAGGUGGAUCGCAGGGAAAACGACGCAGUGUGGCUGACGACGCAGAACCACAGCACUCUGGUGACAGAGCGGAGCGCCGUUCCUUUCCUGCCGGUCAACCCGGAGUACUCCGCCACACGCAACCAGGGCCGUCAGAAGCUGGCCCGUUUCAACGCUCGGGAGUUUGCCACGCUCAUCAUCGACAUCCUGAGCGAUGCCAAGAGGAGACAGCAGGGGAAAGGUCUGAGCAGCCCGACCGACCCGCUGGAUCUGGGCAUAGAUGAUGAUCAACACGACUACGACAGCGUAGCUUCUGACGAAGACACGGACAGCGAGCUGACCGCCCAGAACAACAACAACACGCAACGCAGCAAUCGCGCAAAGAGUAUGGACUCAUCAGACUUGUCGGAUGGUCCCAUCACCCUCCAGGAGUAUCUGGAGGUGAAGAAGGCCUUGGCCUCCUCAGAGGCCAAAGUGCAGCAGCUGAUGAAGGUCAACAACAACCUGAGCGAGGAGCUGCGGCGGCUCCAGAAGGAGAUCACCCGGAUGCAGACAGAGAACAGUGCGCUGCGGGGGGGCCAGCAGGCUGGGGGGGCCGGCGGCCAUGGGGUCGGGGGCCCUGGCGGAGGAGGAGGGGUCCACUGGACGGGGGGUGGGAUGCGUGGAGGCAUAGGCGGGGGGGGCCCGGGCGUGCUCGGGGCCAGAGCCGACCCCCCGGGGCUCUCUGUGCACUCCUCAGCCGCCCCCCUCUCCCACCCCCACCGGAGGGAACGCCAGGCCUACUCAAUGUACGAACCCGGGGCGGCCCCCGCCUCCACGGCCCACGGCCCCCCAGCCCUGGACUCCCUGGCAGCCCGCCUGCAGCCCCUCAACACACCCAGCGUGAGGAAGGGUGGCGGCGGGGCUCCGGCCUCCUACGGGGGUCAGCAUCUGUCUGGCUCUACGGAGAUGGGCAGAUACAUGGUUUCUAAACCGGAGAAGCACGGCAGCGGCACGGACAGCGACUACGACAACACGCAAACGUACGAGCAUUCCCUGAGGUCAGCCCCGUGUCCACAGCGGAGCGGCUCCCCUUCAACCCCCGGUCCCACCGGCUCAUCGGCCAGUCCAUCCCUUUCUGUUUUCAGCGUUGGGCGCAGCAGCGAGGAGGAAGGGCGCGGCGACUCGGAGGAGGGGGGCGGCGGCGAGGCGGGGGAGCCGGACCCCACCCUGCCCUGCACGGAGGACGUCAUCCUGAAGACCGAGCAGGUCACCAAGAACAUCCAGGAGCUGCUGCGGGCCGCCCAGGACUUCAAGCACGACAGCUUCGUUCCGUGUUCGGAGAAGAUCCACUCUGCUGUCACAGAGAUGGCCUCCCUCUUUCCCAAGCGGCCGGCUCUGGAUGCGGUCCACUGCUCCCUGCGCCUGCUGGCGUCCAGCGCCUCGCGGCUGCAGGUGGAGUGUCGCAAGGCGGCGCCGUCGGAGCCCGGCGCCCCCGCCGUGGACUACCAGCUGCUGACUCAGCAGGUCAUCCAGUGCGCCUACGACAUCGCCAAGGCCGCCAAGCAGCUGGUCACCAUCACCACCCGGGAGAAGAAGCAGUGACCCCAGCGGCGCGCCGGCCGGGAGGGGGCGGAGCGGGAAGGGGGGGACAACGCGCAGACGGGAGGAUGAGGAGGGGUCGCACGAAAGGAGGGGAGUCCACACAAGAGGGGGCGAGAGCAGGGAGAGGGGGAAGAUGCGAGGCGUCCGAAGAGCCCCCGAAACUGUGAUGCCAUGUACAGCCGAGUGGAUCCCCGGAUGCUACCUGCUUUAUUUAUUCACCGCUCCCCCCCCAGCCCCCCCCCUCCCGCCAUCCACAGCCAGAUUCCACCCAUGAAGAGGAGGGGUGGUGUCCUGGCAGUCGUGCCCUCCCCAGGCCGUCUUCCUCUUUCUCUGGUUGAUCCUCUCUACUGAAAGGAGGUCUCUUUGGACGGGCUUUUUUUUUGUUUGUUUUUUUACAGGGGGUGCGUGUGGGCAGGACUACAGCUUUCUUCAAACCCCCCACCCUUACCCCCACCCCUCGUACUUGGUGGUACACAGCAUGAUCUGGCAUGUUUUCAUCUCUUUCCUCUCGUCUUUUUUUUCAUUUUUUUUAAAUGUGCAGAUCAGCUUAAUUUGCAGCUCUGUGGACAGAAAUCUUUUUUUUUUUUUUUACUGACUUACAAAAAAACACUUACACUGGAAUAAUUGUGACUAUUGUUAUUGUUUAUCGUGCCGAUUAUUAUUAUUUUAUUUUUUUGUAUCGAUAAUUUUACUGACUGUCCUUUUUUUGAUUUAACUGUUGAAAUGUUUAUUUCUUUGUGUCGAAUAUGAUUCUCUUAGCGGAACAGGGAGUCGGCUGGGAGUGAGAGUCGACCUCUAACUGGGAUGUAAGCAGACAUGCACACUCUUGCUAGAAAAAGGAAAGAAAAAAGAAACAACCUGUAAAACGGUCCUCAAUAUUUCUCAAGUGCUCCUUUUCAGGGUGACAGUUGUUUCAUUUUCUUUUUUCUUCCCUUCCUCAUGAUAUAUCUCGCGGCCAAGUGUUUGAACAGUUGCCAAAGGAGAGUGGAUUUUCUUCAUUUCUUAAUUCUUUCUUUUUCUGUGGCGCAUUAUGACAGAACCUGGAUCAAAAUGCUACAUUUAUGUGGCUGUUUUUUUCUUUUGUCUUCACGUUAUCAUUAUUGUAUUUUUCUUGAUUUAUCUUAAAGAUUUUGCCUCAUUUAACAGAGCCAGUGGAAUCAUCUCAGAAUCAGUUUUGCAGUGCCAAGAAAGUUCACUUUAGAAGAGAAAAAAAGCGAACACUAAUGUGACGGGGGUGUCUCUGCACGCGUGUCGGCACGCUCGUCUGACGGCGCCAGGAGACGUGUACGCGCUUGAUUCAGUUUGCCAUGUGUUUUUGUUUUUUUUCUUUAACUAUAUGGCAAGCACAAUCAAGCCUACGAGCCGUUUUCCAGCUGGUGUGCCUGCAUUGGGAACAAAUAUGUUUACUACUUAUCUUUCUUUCCGGCUAUAAAAGCACGCUGAACAAAUGUCAACCUUUUUCCUUUUUCUUUGUUUUUUUAAAUUUUUUAGUCAGCCUUUGUUCUGUUAUUUAAACCCUUUGGUGGUCCACUUCAUUCACUUCUUGAAUUCUCUGUCCCUCUGAUAUAUCUUUUGCGCUCCCCCCCCCGAUUUCACAUCUCGUCACACGCCUUGAACCCUGUCCAAUAGUCUCUUGCAAUGUAUCAUUGUUUGCUAUCAAAUGCCUUUGCACAUCAUCAUCAUCUCAACGAUAUCGACUUGACUGCUGAAGCUAAAGAAAUACUUCCACAACUCGCUUUCAAAGCUUUCAUCCCUUCCAUCACAAAUGCCCACUCCGGAGUAGAGCUCUAUAUAUUUUUCUCUUAUCCCAUAUUUGAUAUGAAGCCACUUAUUGAAGGUUGUUGGUGAGAUAUUAAUGUCUGUUCGUCGGCCUAAACGGCCUUCCUGCUGUGACGUUCUCUCGCCAAAUCUUCAUCUGGCUCGCCACCCGAUGUACUUGUUGGUGUUUGACUUUAAGGGCAGCGUGGUGGUAGUAGUUUGCACUCUGCCCAAACAACCAGCUGGUUACAGCGGGAUGGUAGCUCCGUGCAGCACUCGAGUACAUCAGGUGCAGGAUGCAGAGUUUAAUUACCUUCCAUUUUUCUUCUCUUUCUUUCUUGUUUUUGGUUUUGGGGAAAAGGCUAGAUGGGGGGGGGGGGGGGAAGGUCCUAAGCGAACUUUGGUUCAGCACUACAGUCAUCUCAGACCAGGCAGGACAAGAGUCUUAAACGCACAUGGCCUCGUCCUUCCUGGAGUUAGUGGACACUACAUAGGGUGCCUCUAGUGUGAAUGUUUAACGCUUCUGUCAACUCAUGUCACCCAGCAAAAACCCUAUACACUAUUAAAUCCAGAAUUUAGCACAUGCCCCCCCUACUCCCCCCCCAAACAUCCGACACGUCCUAAAAUGUAUCCGUUGGACCAACACAUGCACAAGUACAGCCAUCGGAACCCGAAAGCCGGAAUCCCGUCCGCGCGCUUCUGUUUUCGGCCCGCGGCGCCGCAUUUCAGCCCCCCUGCGGACCGUCGCCGCCCUUCUGUUUUUUUCUUCACGGCUUCACGCUUUGGGAGACGAGUGAUGGGAGAGUUAUCUUUUAACAGAAGAUGUUAAAAAAAAACAACAAAAAAAUAAAAACUGUAUAAAGUAGAGAAAACAAUGACUUAAGAAAAACAAACAAAACAAAACAGGUCAAUCGUAAUGGAAACUCAUAAGCUGUACAUUUGUAAUAAAAUAAUAAAACAAUUUAAUUGUCCUGUCGGUGUCUGCGUACCGUUUGUUCUGACGUCUGCACCAUCCUUGAAUUUGAAUAUUUAUCAGUAAAUGGUGGAAGAGGCUGUAACUUUCAUCCUGUGUAAAUUCAAUUUUAGAU